UACGACGCGCCCUCUUACGCACCCACCCGAUCAAUCCAUCGCAGCUUCCUGCCUCCCUGUGCCCCUCGCGACUCUCAUAUAUGUGUCGCUAAUGAAAGCACGACGUGUCUCUUGCGUUUCGUGUUUCCCUCGUCAUGGCUGGCUCCCCUCCAUAUGAGCAGCCGUGGUCGGAAUACGAGAAGAUUGCUUUACUUGCCGAAAUCGUCAAAGCCGGCCGUCCCAACCUCACACACCUCCUUAAUUUCGUUAAUGGCCUCCAUCCCUUUCCGCAAUGGGGUGACAUCGUACCUCCUCCAGGUCGCACCCCUAAUCAGUGUAGGCAGAUGUUCAACAACCUCAUCGCCUCGCAGCCUCAACUUGCCGGCCCACAGACACCCUCUCCCAUGCCACACACCCUCGGCCCCGUGCAUCAAAAGCGACCCUUCGAAAACACCCUGCCUGCCCCGCGCGAGAUCCGCCCCAAACCACCCCCCGACGGCUCAUCAAAUCAGCAACCAACACCUAACGAACCCCCCAAAAAGAAGCGCGGCCGUCCAACGAAAGCAGAAGUCCAAUCGCGAGCCGGACCGUCGCAACGAGCAGCAAGCAUGUCGGCACUCGGAGGCCGGCCCGUCGAGCAAGUCAUCGCUGGCCCCUCCACAUACGCGACCCUCACACCGCCCAUGCCUCAAGCAGCUCUCGAACGGCCGCCAUCCUCCUCUUCCUACCGCGCUGCCGAAAUGCGUCCGCCGCCGCCAGCAUCCAACAACCCUUCCGCCGACCCCCCGCGACACACGCCCACCGGCUUCUCCAUCUCCGACAUCGUAACUCCCAACCCGCCCAAGAGUAACGAGUCCAGCUCUUCGUCGGGGAAAAGAAGACGCGCGGCGCGAUCCACGCGCUCGGAUCCGGUUGGCGCGCACGUGUAUGAUACGCCUUCCGCGGGGCCUUCGGGAAUUGCAUACUAUGAGCCCCGCGAUGGUGAUGACCAGCAGCAACCACGCCCCUCGGCCACGGCGCUGGGGAAACGGCCUGAUUUACGAUGAGCGCACUACUCGACCUUUGCACUGUACCGCUGGAACGUCCAACGUCUAAUGGAGGAGAAGGAUGAGCAGGAGAGAGACGCGCACUGCGCGUAGGAGCAUUGCAUACCACACCACACCUCACGGCCACUCGCAUGAGAGAGUCAGUCGCCGUACGACCUGACUUACGACAACAAUAAAAGAAGAAGGGGAGAAAAGAGCACGAGAAGAGACGUAAUUGCAAGAAGGGGAUGGCGAAUUUCUUUGCAUUUCACGUGUACG